AUGACGGCCAGAUUGAGGAGCCAGUUGACCCCAGGCCCAGCGGCCGUCCCUCCCUCCUGCCAACUGGCUCGCCUCGUCGCCCUGGAACACCGCCGUGCCCGGCUUCGUGCUUCGUGCUUCGUGCACCCCCGGCACUGCACCGGUCUGCCACCACGGCCACACGCCCAAGUCCCUCCCUCCUGCCAACUGGCUCGCCUCCUCCGCCAGCGACGGCCACUUACCGGCUCCGGCCAAGGCGUGGGUGGCCGGCCCGUCGACCGCUCGCACUCUGUCGGAUUCAACCAAGUCCCGUUCGAUGCACAACUGGUCGCUCUGCCUUCACGCUCGUCGCACCAGGGGGGUCCCUGGUGUAUCGGAGCCAUCCCCCUCUACCGCCCCGGCGCUGCCGGGUUCGCUAAUGGGGGUGUUUUCACAAAUCGAGCCAAGGAUCGGGCUGACGCUCAGCGACUCGUAGCAACAAGGCUACUUGACCGCUUACACGACCCGCUUGGUCACAUCAGUCGUCUGCAGAGGAUUCAUCCCCGCGCGAGGUGA